UAUCUAAUUUUCUUCCCCUUGUUUGCUGUACGGAACCACAUAUUUUAGUUAAACUUUGUAUAUAAAGUUUCUUUUUUCAAUUUCUUUUCAUUUGGAUUUUGGUGUUGCAGGACCAAUUGUGAAGACCAGAAAUAUUUGGUAGAAAAUUAUAUUUCAUAGCAACUGCAUUUGGAGCCCUGAGUCACAAAAAGUUCAUCAAAGAGGACAAGCAGGAGCACAUUGUUGUAGGAGAGGAACAUAUAAUUUGAAGUUUGUAAUAAAAGUGUUUGUUGAAUUAUAAAAGAAAAGAGGAGGGGCUAAGAGGCCAAUGGCUGGGGAGGAGCUAAUUCCUGGGGAAACUCAGGAUCUGUCCCUACCCAGCGGCCAAGAAGAGAAGAUUCAAGUUUUUGUUAGGUUAAGGCCUUUGAACGACAAAGAAAUUGCAAGAAAUGAUGUUUCAGAUUGGGAAUGCAUUAACAACAACACCAUCAUCUUCAAGAACACCUUACCAGAGCGAUCCAUGUUCCCAGCAGCCUACAGUUUUGACAGAGUAUUUGGAUACGACAGCCCCACAAAGAAGUUGUAUGAGGAGGGAGUAAAAGAAGUUAGCCUUUCGGUAGUCAGUGGCAUCAACUCAAGCAUUUUCGCAUAUGGUCAAACAAGCAGUGGAAAGACAUAUACAAUGCGUGGCAUUACUGAAUAUGCCGCAUCAGAUAUAUAUAAUUACGUAGAAAAGCAUAAAGAAAGAGAAUUUGUGUUGAAGUUUUCUGCAAUGGAGAUUUACAAUGAAUCUGUCAGAGACCUCCUUAUCUCAGAUACUACCCCACUUAGACUCCUAGAUGAUCCAGAGAGAGGGACUGUUGUUGAGAGACUCACUGAGGAGACUUUGAGAGACAAGAGCCAUAUGGAGGAGCUCCUUGCUAUCUGUGAAGCUCAACGGCAGAUAGGAGAGACCUCUCUAAAUGAAACUAGCUCCAGAUCCCAUCAAAUUUUGCGAUUGACAAUUGAAAGUUCUGCUCGUGAAUAUAUAGGUGCUGACAAAUCCACCACUCUAACAGCUACUGUGAAUUUUGUUGAUCUUGCGGGCAGCGAGCGUGCUUCUCAGGCAGUAUCCGCUGGUGUGAGAUUGAAAGAAGGUUCCCACAUAAAUCGCAGUUUGUUGACACUGGGAAAAGUAGUUCGCAAAUUAAGCAAGGGAAAAAACGCACACAUACCUUAUAGAGACUCUAAGCUGACACGAAUUCUGCAAAAUUCCUUAGGAGGCAAUGCUAGAACUGCCAUCAUUUGCACUAUGAGCCCUGCUCGAAGUCAAAUUGAACAAUCAAGAAAUACCCUUUUGUUUGCUUCCUGUGCUAAAGAAGUAGCUACUAAUGCUCAGGUCAAUGUGGUGAUGUCCGAUAAGGCAUUAGUAAAGCAGUUACAAAGAGAAUUGGCUAGAUUGGAAAGUGAGAUGAAGAGCCUAGGAUCAACUUCAGGGACAUAUGAUUCCGCUACAUUGCUGAAAGAGAAAGAGCUGAUUAUAGAACAGAUGGAAAAAGAGAUAAGAGAAUUGACUCGGCAACGUGAUCUUGCUGAAUUGAGGAUGGAGAAUUUGCUACAAUCAAGACUAGAUGAAUAUUCAGUAUUAGACUCACCAGAUGCGCCCAAUUCUCUUCAUGCAGGACUUGAUACAUGCAACAAAACUCCCAAGUUUCAGAAUUCUGAGAAUCCUGAAGGCGAUUUUGUGCUGGAUGACAGCGCUCCUAAUUUUGUUGGGCUUGAUCCGUGUCAAGGCUGGGAAGAGACUGCUCAAAAAACUGAUGAAGAAUUUGAGGGUACCGGCAAGGAAGUUGGAUGCAAUGAAACAGGAGAAUCAAGCAUUAACGAGAAAACAGAAGGUAACGUGUUCUCACCUGGUCCUAGAGUAAAAAAUGGGAGAUUAUCUGAGACAGAAGCCACAGAUGAGAAUGCUGUAUCAUCCCCAUGCGAGGGAGUUGGUGAUAUUGAAACGGAAGAGUCAAGCAUUAAGUGGGAAGAAGAAGCUAAUGCGCUCAAACCUGGUCCUGGAGAAAAAGAAGGGAAUUUAUCAAUGACAGAAGCCACAGAUGAGGAUGCACUAUCAUCUAUCGAAGUGGAAGAGUCAAGCAUUAAGAGAGAAACAGAAAAUGAUGUGUCCUUACAGGGUCCUGAAGAAGAAGGAAAAGGUGAAGUUGCAGUAUCACGCCCUCAGAAGAAAGAUAAAGAGUCAAGCCCCACAAGUAAAGAUCCUACUUACGAUGCUUUGAAACAAAAAAUUCAGGAACUGCAAAGAACCAUCCACUAUCUUGUCAAUUUAUACCCUCAGGAACAAACUCCUUCUUCUUCUGAAGCAGAUGCGUGUAUCUCCAGUAGCGCAAAAAUAAAUAGAAGCGCAAGUUGCAGAGCCAUUCUCAUGUCGACACCAUCUUCCCUUGCGUUCGAGAAGGCAGAACACAGUGAGAAUACACCACCUAACUGUUCUGUAGAAAACAUCGCUGGAAGUCGAAGGCUUUCAGAACUUAAGUAUGGUGCCAAGUUUGGAAAUAUUUCCAGGAAAGAUUCUCAAACUUCCAUUAGUGGAGCUUCGGUGGAAUCACAAAGCUUUAAAGAGUCAGAUGCAGACGAUACUACUAGCAGUUACGAACAUAGUGAGAACACACCUUCUCCUUGGUUUGAGAAGGCAGAACACAAACCAACUGAUAGGUCUGAAAAAAGUUUCCACGGAGGGCCAAUAGGCAUUCCCCAGAAGCUUUCAGAAUGGAAGUACGAGAUUCAAAAUCUUAGCCGAAAACAUUCUCAAACUUCUGUUAAUAGUGCUUCCAUCCAAUCACCACGCAUGAAAGAGUCAGAAACAGAAGAUUCCAGCAUCCGCAAUUUUGUUCCAGGACAGAGUGAAAUGGGCAAAGUUCAGCCUCCGAGAAAAUACGGUGAUGAUCUGGUUCAGAAAGCAGUGAUGAACAAUAUGAAGGACGCUGGAUUGAAGAAAGGACAGGAUGCUGUGCAACAAGUUUCUACUUGGCCUGCAGAAUUCGAGAGCAGACGGAAAGAGAUAAUUGAACUUUGGAAUGCAUGCAAUGUACCAUUGGUACACAGAACUUACUUCUACCUGCUGUUCAAAGGUGACCCAUCAGAUUCUGUGUACAUGGAGGUGGAGCUUAGAAGGCUAUCUUUUCUGAAGGGCGGUAAUAUCAGCAAAGAGAGUUUAAAUGCAAGUUUGAAGGCUCUAUAUCGGGAGAGAGAAGCGCUGAGCAAGCAAAUUCAUCAAAAGUUCUCAAGAAGAGAGAGAGAGGAACUAUACCAGAAAUGGGAUAUUGCAUUAAACACAAAGCAGAGAAGUCUACAGUUAGCACGCCGUAUUUGGACAUAUACAAAAGACUUGAACCAUGUAAAUGAAAGUGCUUCUCUUGUUGCAAAGUUGGUAGGCUUUGUAAAGCCAGGCCAAGCCCCUAAGGAAGUGUUUGGACUCAGCUUCUUAGCUGGAUCUACUAACCGAAAAUCAUUCUGCUGGAUACAUAACAAGUCUACUUCUGUACUUACCAAGUCUACUUCUGUACUACUUUAAAUUUGUCGAUGAUAGGGACAUACCAACGUGUAUAUUUGCUAAUUUUUUGGGAUCUUCUCCAUAUGCUCCAUUUCACUUACACGGUUCCAUUUAUUGUAAAUUGGAAAACUUUCAAGCUGACCUUAGUUAUUUGUUAAUUUGAUAUUUUUUGUUGCCACA